AGCACCUGAAAGUAGGAGAUAAGCCCCCACGCAGCAUAACAUAACGGUAACCACUCCCAGUGUCAGCUGGAAUCUACGUUCCUCACUUUCCCAUCAUCCCAGCUCCCACCUGCUCCCUUCUCAAACCUCAAGUUCAAAUAUGAUAUCCAUAAUAUAAAAUUAAGAUUGAUAUAGUUGGUCACCUUCGAGCUCAAGCAUAACGGGCCGAUGUCAACGGUCGCCUCCCUGCUCCUACCGAACUUUUUAUUCUCCCCACCAAAACCCUAUGGACUCCUCCCGCUUCGUCACAAUUCCAGGGUUAGGGCUAGGUUUAGGGUUCCGAGUACCCUCGUCAGUUGCAGCACCGGCGGCGGCAAGAAGACGGCGGCCUCCCGCUCCGACAUGGACUCGCCGGCCGUCGACUGCAUCGGCACCGGCGCCGACGUCGAGUGCUUCGUGGCAGAGUCCUCCUCCGAGGCCGACCAGCUGUUGCCGCCGACGGCGAAGAAGAAACCGGUGGCGAGCUUCGAGAGCGGGGGAGGGAAAAUGGGAGAGGGUUCCGACUUGGGGUUGUUCCAGAAGGCCUUGGACUGGGCGCUCCUGGUGUCGCCCUUCUUCUUCUGGGGCACGGCCAUGGUCUCCAUGAAGGAGGUGAUCCCCAAGACGGGGCCUUUCUUUGUCUCGGCCGUCCGGCUGAUCCCGGCCGGGGUUCUUUUGAUCGGUUUCGCAGCGGUGAGGGGGAGGAAGCAGCCGAAAGGGGCCCUCGCUUGGCUGUCCAUCGUCUUGUUUGGGGUCGUGGAUGCUGCUUGCUUUCAGGGAUUUCUGUCUGAGGGUUUGCAGAGGACGUCGGCCGGAUUGGGCAGUGUUAUCAUUGAUUCCCAGCCUUUAACAGUUGCCAUACUUGCAGCGGUGUUGUUUGGUGAAUCAAUUGGUGCAAUUGGAGCUGCUGGCCUUGUACUUGGUGUUAUUGGGCUUCUACUUCUUGAGGUUCCAGCACUUUCAUUCGAAGGAAAUAGUUCGACAUUAUGGGGCAGUGGGGAAUGGUGGAUGCUUCUUGCAGCUCAAAGCAUGGCAGUAGGAACGGUCAUGGUCCGUUGGGUGUCCAAGUAUUCUGAUCCUGUCAUGGCAACUGGAUGGCACAUGGUUAUCGGUGGGCUCCCUCUGCUGGUGAUAUCUGUAAUCAAUCAUGAUCCUGCUAUGAGUGGGAAUAUUAUGGAUCUAACAUCCAAUAAUCUUUUAGCACUUUGUUACACCUCUGUUUUUGGAAGUGCAAUCAGCUAUGGUGUAUUCUUCUACAAUGCAACUAGAGGUAGCUUGACAAAACUCAGCUCCCUCACAUUUUUAACUCCAAUGUUUGCUUCAAUUUUUGGGUUCCUCUACCUAGGCGAGACGUUCUCACCUUUGCAACUGGCUGGUGCUUUAAUCACAGUGGUAGCUAUUUAUAUGGUCAAUUAUCGUGACACUGUAGAUGAAACGUGAAGAAAUGAUUGGUUGCGGCUGGUGGUUGAUUGAUGGCAUUACCGGUGUACUUGCUGGAGAUAAUCCUGGUAAAGGCGUUCAUUUCCUUUAGCAUGUCAGCUCCAGUUACAGAGUAAAGCAUGUUCGGAAGACCGAUUUGCUAAUUAAAUGUUGAAGUAUGAAAUCUUGAGAUGGAUCUCUCCUUGCUCAGAUGGACAAAACAGGAAGUCAUGCAUAUCAAGGCUCAUAGAGACAAAAUCUACAAGCAGCAUUUUAUGAUUCUACUCGAGUCACAGCCGUGCUAGGUGAUACACGUUGGUUCGUUCUUCUUAGCUUGGCACUAAAACUUUGCUCAUUAUGCAGUUUAUAUAUACAAUUUUGAGAGAAAUUUACAUAAUGCAAUUUUUACCAGACACUGAUUAUAUUUCUUGUUGUAGAUAGAUUGAAGGAGGAAUGUGAGGUUACUUGUGCAGGAAGGGUUGAAAUUAGGUCAUGUAUAUGAUUAUUUCAAGUAUGACUGGCCAGAUUUUUUUC